AUGUCGUUUGAUUGGCUUAAUGUUCCAGGAUUGGAUUUAAGCAACGGUGACCAAGCAGAAAAGAAACAUUCAAAUGGAUUGGGACCUCCUAGCGUAUCUUUCGAUUUUGGAAUAAAUACUGCUGCUCCACAUGAUUCCAGCUUUUGGGAUCAAGGAUCGCGAAGCCACAGUGAUACGACUUUAUCUUAUAAGAAUAACCGUGCACAUACGGGUGCUAAAUCUAUGACCAAUGUAAACUCUCCUCAAAAGGGAGAUUCUCCUCACAAAGAAUUAGGAAGGCUUUCUGGAGGCGAUGUGUACACGGAGACACCCGAAGACAUGCAAGUCCCGUUGUCUCUAUCACAAAACCAGCUUACUCACGAAGAAAUAAGGACUUAUUUAAGAUGGUACAACUAUAUAUGUCUAAGAACUCAUGGAAAAUUAGUCAGAUUGAAUGACGUUUUUAGAUUUUUAUCCAAUUUCAACUUGUCACAAAGAAUUAAAGAUAGAAUUGUGGAAAUUUUCCGUAGCUGUAAAAAUGCACUGAAUAUUGGUCAAUUCUUCGCUGUUCUAAGACUAAUUUCUAGGGCUAUUAUAUAUGGAAUUUUACCGCUAAGACAUAUGAUUUUGGAGAAGGCGCCUGUACCCAAACCGCGCCCUAUUCUAAGCAGUGAUAAUCAUGAAGAGGUGUAUGAGGAGGUGGAAGACGAUGAUAAUUACAACAAAGCUGGUGAUCAAAAGGUUGACUUUGAUUCAUUUGCUUCAUUGUUAUUGACUGGUACGACAACAAGAAAGAGAGUCAGGCGGAGAAUAAAAAACUCGAACUUUAAAAGUAAGAAGGUUAGAUUUUCAGAACAUAUAACAUUCCAGGAUCCUCCAAAUUCCAAUCAGGAUUCGUUUACUAAUAAUGAGUCAAGAAAUAAACAUACUAAUGGGGAAGACGAAGGUCAGAAUUCUAGUAAUGAUGGCCCAUUAGACUUCACGUUGCCCAUGGACCAAUUAUUAAAGAGAUUAUAUAAGGGGAGACAAAACAGUGGGUUAGUUUCAAGUUUACCUAGCGAACAACAAGAAACCGAGGAGGAAAAGAAAGUUUUGGAAGAUAUGAAGGACUCUUUGUCACAUUUCAAACAAAUACAGACAGUUGAUUCAGCAUCAUUGCCAAUGUCGUCAAUGUUCUUACAGAAUGGUAGUAACUUACCAAUUAACAAUGUCAAUAUCAAUGGUGUUCCUCAGCAAGUACCAUUGGAACCUUUGAAGCCAACGGCUACAGGCUCUGCUAACCAUUUGGUGCGAGAAGAAUAUAAUGAGGGAUUAAAUGCAAGCAACGGUGGCAUUCAGGCGGGUUUACAACCUUUAAAGCCAACUGCAACUGGUUCCGCAAAUUACUUGAUGCGAAGUCAUAUGGAGCAACCUCCAUCAGGUAAGCCUACCAUUACACCUGAUACUGUUGUUAACUCUGGAGGGUUGCAGCCUUUAAAGCCUACUGCCACAGGCUCUGCAAACUACUUAAUGAAACAGCAUUUAUCACCUUCAGUGGAUAACAUGGUGUCCCCGAUGUUUCAAUCACAGUUCACAAAUCAAUCUACAUCCCCGCAAGCUACAGGUCCCUUUUCAAGCUCUUCUAAUAUGACAGUUCCUCAAAGUAACCAGCAGCAGCAAUCUUAUCAAGGUAUUAGUUCGAGCCAAUCAAAGAUUGAACCUUCAAGUAUUUCACCUCAACCCACCUACCCCAACGACGUUCGGAUUAAUAAUGGAAGUAUUAUGUCCAUGCCAAAAGUACAGAUAUCAAGCGCGUUUUCUCCUCAAAAUACUCUCCCUCAACAUCAGCAGUCACAUUUAAUUCCCCCUCAAAAUACAAUCUCGCAACAUCAACAGUCACACUUGGUCUCACCACAAAACACAUUUACUCAAAAUCAAUCUACUAUAAUCUCCCCGCAAAAUACGUAUCCCAAUAACCAAUCAACAAUGAUAUCCCCUCAGCAUACCUAUACUAAUAAUCAGCAACAAUCCCAAAACCUUCCACCUCCUCCACCCCCACGUACUCAACAGCUCCAGCAAGGAACCAUUGUGCCAACCCCAAAUUCGUUCUCAAACAUGCAAAAGCAAAAUAAUUUAGUCUCGGCUCAAAACACAUAUACAAACUCACCAAGCAUACAAUCUCCCAAUUUUUUAUCACCCCAGAAUGCUGCUAAUAGUUAUUUCCAAUCUUUGCUUUCGAACUCACCAUCUCCAAAUCCUACGUCAUCGAAUGUGUCGGCUGCUAAUAAUAGUAAUGCUAGUAAUAGCAUGAGUUCGUUUCAAAACACUAGCUCAGUAAUGAACCCCAGUCAAUCUCAUCAGUCAUAUAAUAGUGAAUAUCGACCCAUUAAUCAAUCUCAACAACCAAUUUAUGGAGGACAGCUUUCUCAAGUGCAACAACAUUCGGCAUCGCUCCACUUGAACAACGCGGGAAUACAUAACCAACCUAACAAACCUAAUUACGGAAUGUUGGGGCAGCAAGUACAUCAGCAGCAGCAGCAUGUACAUCAGCAGCAAUUUCCGUUCAAUACAGAUGUUAAUAGAUCUAAUUCAAGUGAUAUUUUAGGUAACUUGCAGUCUUUACAGCAACAAGUUGAUGCUUUACAAACCCAAUACAAUAGGAGACCAUAG